GGUUACAGCGAUUUGGUGGCUCGGACACAGACAUUCGUUUUUACACAAGAUUUUCAUCUUAUGACCACCUGAUGCGGUUUUGGCAGGUCAUCGAACCAUCACUGCAGUACAUGGUUCGGGGGACCAGAACAAGAACUGCAGAUGGUGACUCAGCAAGGCAAAGUACAGCCAUGGUACAGACACAGGCUAUACAGGCAGUAGAUGAACUGUUCCUCUUCCUGAACUACCUUGCCCUUGGACUGAAGCAGAAGGACUUGGCCGACCGGUAUGGGGUACACCAGUCUACUGUUAGCAGGAUCAUUCACACCUGGAGUAAUUUUUUGUUUUGUGUUCUUGGCUCACAGCGAAUUUGGAUACCCCAAAACAAAAUCAGUGAGCACUUGCCAGCAGAGUUCAAAGAUUACCCAGACACUACAGUUAUCCUGGACUGCACAGAGCUCAGAUGCCAAACACCUUCCUCUCCUUUACUCCAGAGUGAAGUUUAUUCCAGUUACAAGUCCCAUUGUACACUGAAGGGGAUGAUUGGCAUGGCCCCUCAUGGUGCUGUUACCUUUGUUUCUCCUCUCUUUGCUGGCUCAGUCAGUGACAAGCAGAUCCUUGUGGAGUCAGGACUAUGUAAACUGCUCAGGCCGGAUAUGGCAAUCAUGGUGGACAGAGGCUUCCUGGUGGAUGACUGUGUGCCUUGUAAAGUGUACAGGCCUGCAUUCCUAGCCGGAAGACCUCAAAUGCCAGCAAACGAGGUCAGGGAGACCCAGUCUAUUGCACGCCUUAGGGUGCAUGUUGAGCGGCUAAUUGGCGGUUGA